GCCCUUUAACUCCCGCCCCCCCGUGGGUGUGUGCGCGCGGCCAGUGGGCGGUGCGCGGGGGCCGGGCCGCGGCGAGGGCCAAUGGGCACGGUGUUGUUGAAACUGAAAAUACUACAUUAUGCUAAUCGCGGCGGGGCCCGCGCGCGCGGGGGUGGGGCCGGCGCGUAUAAAGGGGGCGCGGGCGGCCCCCGCGAGCCACAGGCCGGGAGCUCUGUGCUUGAGGGUGCAGGCCAGGCUUGGGCGAGCGAGCCAGCGAACCAGCGAGCCAGCGAGCCAGCACCGAGGGGGCGCGGUUGCCACUCGGACGAAGCGAGCCAGUUGGACGAAGGAACGGCGCGCGACGCGACCCACAGCAUUUUAGCCAUGGAACGCAUGGUGGCCCGUGGAACCUUCCCGAUGCUGGUGCGCACCAGCGCCUGCCGCAGCCUCUUCGGGCCGGUGGACCACGAGGAGCUGGGCCGCGAGCUGCGGAUGCGCCUCGCCGAGCUGAGCGCCGAGGACCAGAACCGCUGGGACUUCAACUUCCAGCAAGAUGUGCCGCUGCGUGGUCCCGGACGUCUGCAGUGGAUGGAGGUGGACAGCGAGUCGGUGCCCGCCUUCUACCGCGAGACCGUGCAGGUGGGGCGCUGUCGCCUGCUCGUGGCGACCCGACCCGCCCCCCCGGUCGCCGUGGCUGUCAUCCCGCCUCCCGAACCGCGGGACGCCCAGUUCCUCGACGACCUCGAGGAGCCGCCGGAGCAGCCGCCCAACGACCCGGCCCCGGCCCGGGCGGCCACUCCGCCGCCGGCCCCGCCGGCCCCAGCUCCGCCGGCCCCGCCGGCCCCGGCCGCGGCCGCAGCAGCCGACCCGGUCCCGGACCCGGACCCGGUCUCCGAUCCGGAUGCUGACGAGGCGCCGCAAGACGGCGCCGAGCAGGGCGCGAUCGAGGCGCAGGAGGCGCUCGCGGAGCAGCUCAACUCCGGGAUGUCUGGACGCCCCGCGGCCGGCUCCGCUACUGCGGGCGCCAACGGUGCGGCCACCAAGAAGCUGUCCGGGCCUCUCAUCUCCGACUUCUUCGCCAAGCGCAAACGCUCCGCGCCCGACAGCAAGGCGCCCGGCGACGGCCCCGCCGGCUGCCCCGCUCCCAGCGCCGCGCCCGGCCUGGGCGCGCCCGAGCAGACCCCGCGCAAGCGCCUGAGAUGAGCUAGGUGAGUCCCCGCCCGCCGCGCCCCGCGCCCCUGCGGGGUUCCCUCCCCGCGGCGCCCCGCGCUCACUGCCCCCUCCUCUUCCCCGCAGUUUGGAGCCCAAAGAGCCCAGGGGCAUUGGCGGGGGCAGCAGACGGGAGGAGCACGGGGCCUCGGCUGGGACCGUACAUGUAGCAGCGACAGACAGCGACCGCCGCAGGGCGUGUCGCGGUCCACCCCGGAGACUGUGCAAUGAUCGGGCGCGCGUAACCUACCUGCACGUGUCCUGUGCGAGAAGUUCGCGGGUUCCCAAGGUGUGAAGCUUUAAAGAGUCACUUGUGUGGAAUGUGUAACCUCUGCUGAGACUCAGUGCAUCGAAAGAGAAAAAUCAAAAUUAACCCAUGUAUAUUUGUACAAAAAACUUAAAAAAAAAACAAAGCUAUACUAACUUAUAUGUUGUAUUUAUGUCCGGGCGUGGAACCGCUGCACCACGCCACCCUGGUGAUUGGUUAUGCCAAAGCCUGAAUUCCACCUGCAUCCG